AUGUCCUCCACUUUCAGCGUAGCCACGCCGAGCAGGCCGUUGUUCGCAUCGCGCAUCGGCGAACCCCUUGGUCAGCACAUCCUUGAGUGCCUCGGUCGUAAAGGUCGAGUCGCACUGGUACAGGAAGCUCUGCGCGACGACGGCCGCGCCUAUUUGCAGAUUUCUUUUUUGGACCGUCGCGUUUUUCUUUUUGCGGUGUGGAAGCUGGCGGCAGCGGAGGGACUGGAGCACAUCGUGCGGAUCGACACCGAUUCGAACCUGCCGUGCGGCGAGCGCGCUAGCGCCGCCGGCAGGGCAGUCAAGCUGCUGUCGCUGAUGCGUGAGCACAACCUAAGCUACGGCUUCUACCACCGUAACUGGGAGUCACCGGACUUUGCUAUCGGCUUCAACGCGGCUGCCAGGCGACACGUCGAGACCGCACGCCUCAGCCUAGCAAACACCUUUGGUGGGUACACCACGUUCGGCAGCCGCGAAAAAGGCAGCGGCAAAAUCUUUGAGCUCGGUCGCUCUGACUACGAGCCGGCGCGCUUCUUUUACAACAAUGUGGAGGUGGCGCGCGUCAGCCACUUCCAGCGGCCCGACGUGCAGGCCUUCACGCGCGCUAUACGCCGGAGCGGCGGCAUCUUCCGGCACCGGUGGGGCGACGGCACGCGAUCCGUGGCCAUCGUGCGCAAACAGAUUCCCUCCUGGGUGGACGCGGAGGGAUACGGUCCCGCGCCUCGCCGCUAUGACGGCGGCACGGCCGCAGCUCAUGUGCGUGCCGCCGUCUUUGUCCGGAGUGAAUACUCCAACGCGCUCGUCGUCACUUGUGCUGCGGCUUGUGUGAGCGACCGCAGUGAAACCACCCCGGGGCCAACCCGCUUCGGUUUCGUCGCCAAGACGUCCGGUUUCAACACGCGCUCGCGCGCUCGCUUCUGCUGGCGCCCAGAGAACAUGUUGCACCACAAGCGGCUCCCGGCGGAGCCCAACUGCUCGCACUCGACAAGGCAGUCCAUCCACUCGCGGCAGCUGAAGUCGAACUUCCACUCGAUACGGCUCGCGCCGGAUUGUGAGCUCGGCGAGCGAGGUCGGAGAGCGACCUUCAGUUGGCCCAAGCCGCACGCCACUGAGGCAGAGCGGCCGUGCGCGUACGGCGCCGUACGCGCACGGCCGCUCUGCACCGACCGCAGCGCUGCGUUGCGACCGCAAUGGCUCAGCUCAGCCAGGGCUAGCUCGCCCGAGCUCGGAGCCGCCGGCGGUCAUGGCAGCAACAAAGGUUUGACGGGUCGCUCGGUGCAGGAGGGCACUGCAGUAGAGGUGCAGAGGCCGUCCGGCGCGCGCGCGAUGGGCUACAGCUUCAUUGGCAGCUACCAGAGCGCGUCUGGAGCGCUGCCGUUGUGUGACCCACGUCCAAGCGGCGCUUCCGGCCUGAAACGCGCCUCUUUUUACGCUUUUCAUUGGAGAGGGGGGGACGAGGUCUCAUCAACUUCGAAACCGCCUUUGAAAGGGGGGAAAUGCGUCCGUCCCUGA